GUUCCUUCAUUUGAGAACAACCCUAAGAUUAAAAAUUCUAUUAUAUCGAUUAUAAAUGCGCAAGAAAAAUUAAAAGAAUUUGGCCUAAGGGGUGUAGAUAGCUGGGUAGAAGAAAUAAUCAAAGCAUUGCCAUCUCAAGCUAAUUCAUUAAUAUCUAUCAAACUCGA